ACAGUCAUACAUGAACGAAUCAGCAUACACAACCUCUUUCAAAAUUGAAUCCCAAACACCCCCUCAAUUCGACACAAGAUCGGAUCAGCAUUCAUACCUUUUUUUUUCAAAAAUUGAAACCCCAUUCAAUCAAAUACUCUCGCUCCAGGAAUCCUCUCUCUGAAACCCUAAAGCGGACGCCAACCAACUACUCACCAUCUCCGUAGCUACCAUCCACCACACCAACGCAACGCAUCUCUGUUUCCUUCCCUCUCUGUCUCUCUCUGCAUCAAAAUCAUCAUCGACGGGUCCACCAUCUGUCUUCAUCAACCACAGCCGAUUCGCCUCUCUUACACGGAGUUGGGUGAGUACUUCAAUUGCAAUUACACUACAGAAACAACAGAAGGGUAUUUUGGGAACACGAUUUUUAAGCUAAGUUGGGGAAGACGAGGGUAGCAUACAUCUCUUCAGAUCAUGUAAGAGCAUCCUUUUCCACUCGCAUUCUCAAGAUCCAAUCUUUCCAUCUCCCGUAAAUUGAAUUCUUGAAAUCGAUCAAUCAAAAACCCUAAUUUCCUGAUUCAAAUUCCCAAACUUCGAUGGCAAAUGCUUGGAAGAAAGACCGAUCCAUUAAAUUCGCCACCCCAAAAAGCAUCUUCCUCCUCUUCUCCACUUCUCUCGUCCUCCUCACCUUCUUCUACCUCUGCACUCACACCACAACCUCAUCAAACCCAAACCCUAAUUUCAAAACCCUAAUAAAUCUCCCCAACUCACUAAUCCAACCAUUCGAUUGCUACAAAUCACCUCAAUCACAUCCAGUCAUCGCAAACCUAGUUGAAGGCGUUAAGUAUCCAUUUCUCUACUCUCUAUCUGAUUUCGGAACAUUACCUGAUAAACCCCACAAGAACAUCGUCCGGAUCUUGAAAGGAAAGUUAUUCAGAAGACCCGACAUCUCUGUAACUGUUCAGGACUUAUUGGAGAAGAAGAAGGCUGAAGGAAAAACCGGGAUUUUCAUUGAUGUUGGAGCAAAUGUAGGCAUGGCUACCUUCGCUGCUGCAGUUAUGGGGUUUAGGGUUUUCGCAUUUGAACCCGUUCUUGAAAAUCUACAGAGCAUUUGUAACGGGAUUUAUUUCAAUCGAGUUGGAGAUUUAGUUAACGUUUUUGAAGCCGCUACUUCCGAUCAAAUCGGAAACAUAACAUUUCACAAGUUGGUUGGAAGGCUUGACAAUAGUGCAGUUUCAGCAACUGGUGCAAAGAUGGCUUUCAAAUCAAAUGAAGAAAUUGAAAUGAAAGUGAGAUCGAUUCCUCUUGAUAAAGUAAUACCAGAGAAUGAACACGUGUUGCUUUUGAAAAUAGAUGUUCAGGGUUGGGAGUAUCAUGUGUUGAAAGGUGCAAAAAAGUUGCUAUCAAGAAAGAAAGGUGAAGCUCCAUACUUGAUCUAUGAAGAAGAUGAAAGACUUUUACAAGCUAGCAAUAGUAGUUCAAAAGAGAUAAGGAAAUAUCUUGGUGAUCUUGGGUACACUCAUUGUGUGCAACAAGGUACUGAUGCUCAUUGCACUAAAUAGAGCUAUUAGUUAUGAAUCUUUUUGGCUCUUCAAAGAUGAUUAGAUUGAUUGAUUAUGGGGUGAUAGAGUGUUUGUAUUUGGUUUUUUGUGUAAUUGUAGCAAUUGAUAGGUAGAUGAGUGAUGUAAUUGAUUUUAGAGGAAGUUGAAUUUGGAAGUGAUACGAUUGUUUACA